AUGUCCUUCAAGCAACUAACACCUCAGCAGCUCGCUAACCAAAUAGCGAGGCAAAAAAAGAAGAUAGAGAAAGAUAAGAGAAGAAAACAAUAUGAAGACAUUCAAAUUCAAGGUACUAAUAACUCAUCGAUCGUUUCUAAGAGAUCUGUCGAAAUGUUAUACACCACUAAAUUAAACCCAGAAAUGGGCGAAUGGUUCCAAUAUUUUGUGAAAAAUCCAAAAAGACGUUCCCCUGCUAUCAAUAGAGGAUAUUGGAUCAGAAUGGAAUCAAUAAAGCAGUUGAUAUUGAGGAUCAUUCAGAAAACAGACCCAAACGAAGAUAUCUGUAUAGUGAAUCUUGGCUGUGGUUUUGAUCCACUUCCAUUCCAAUUACUUUCGGAAUUCAAGAUCACCAACUCCAAAAUACUUGACAGGUUAACAUUUGUAGACAUAGACUAUCCUGAUUUGGUUGAAAAUAAAUUGAAAAUGAUAAGUGAAAGUGAUGAAAUUCUAUCUGUUAUUGGUGGUAUAAAUUCUAAUGCAAGAAAAGAUCUCGGAAUUGUAUUAUCUUCAAAAAACUACAACUUGGUUGGAUGUAACCUUAGAGACAGUAAACUCUUUAACGAACAAUUAUCGACAAUAAAUGCCAAUGCUACCACUAAUAUAUUCAUUGCCGAAGUAUCCUUGGCAUACAUGAAACCAGAGCAUGCCAACCCCGUCAUUGCAAAUGCUAGUAAGUACCAUAACUCCCAUUUCAUUAUUUUGGAACAACUCUUACCUGCAGGAUUGCAGCAUCCAUUUGCAGUUAAAAUGAUGUAUCAUUUUGACCAUUUAAGAUCAUCACUUGGAUGUGUACAAGAUUAUCCAUUGAUUAAGGAUCAGGUCAAAAGAUUUGGUGAGUACUACAGUGUUGUCGAAGCGAAUGACUUGUUAUAUAAUUGGCGUAAUUUGACCUCUGAUAAUUUGAAAAAUAAAGUGUCAGAAAUAGAGAGCUUUGAUGAAUGGGAAGAAUUCAUCGUCUUUUGCCAGCAUUAUGUCAUUGUACAUGCCACCAAUAAUACUAUCAACGGAAUGGUAUACGAAGAGUCUGAAAAAAAAGAGGAAGGUAAAAUCCAAAUUGAAAGUGAGUCCACUCUUGAAGUUUCUUUUCAAACUGCUGCAACAUUCGAGAGGAAGUUCCCUGCUUCCUGUUAUUUAAAUGGGAAGGUUUUCGUCCACGGAGGCUCAGGGAAGACAAGAGAAAGCUCGAUGAUAUCAUUCGAUGUGGACUUUCCAAAUAUAAAACCUGAAGACUUUACUGAUGGUGUUAAGAUUGGUAUCCACGAAAUGACUGGGGAUGUGCCAAGUCCAAGAAUGUGUCAUACGUUCACAUCUAUUAAUGAUCGUGAAGCCCUACUCAUUGGUGGCAGAGGCAGACCGGGACAAGAAUUUGCAGAUGUAUACAAAUUCAACGCUUCCGAUAAUUCUUGGCAAAAAAUUGGUGAGUUGGAAGCUCCAGUCUCUCGUCACUCCACUACAGUGUUGAAUGAAGAUGAAGUAUUGAUUUUCGGUAAGAAAGGUUUUGUAAGGUAUAACCAUAAAACGAAUAAAUCAUUCGGCGUUAAGCAAAGUGGUGAAAAUUCCAUUAACUAUGAAAGUUGUGCAUUUUACUUCAAUGGUUCCUCGGGGUUUAUAGUGGGAGGAAUGAUUUCUAACAGCGUUCCUGAGGUCAACGACAGAAUCUUGAAGUUUCAAUUUGUCGAAGACGAUCUCAUCAAAGUCGAAGAGGUUGUGCAACAUGCAGAGGUGUCUAGAAUCGGUUCUUCAUGCGCACUCGUAAACAAAGAAAUAUUAGUUAUAGUGGGUGGUGUCAACUCUACUAAAAUAUUGGGUAGAGAAAACUGCAUCAUGGCUUAUAACUUAAAGGAGAAAUCUUUUAAGAGCAUCCCAAUUGAUGAGAUGUUAAUUGGGUUUAACCUCAUAGAGAAAGACGGUAAAAUACUCUGCCUUGGUGGAGGUGGAGUGUGCUACUCUUUUGGGAGCUACUAUAAUGGAGUAGUAUGCAUAUCCACUACAAACAUGUAA